AUUCGGAACUGGCCCUGACCAGUUCUAGAAGCAAGGCAAGGCACGUGUAUGGAGGCAGAGGAAGCUGAGCCAAAGACAGCAACAGCAGUUAGAUACAUAACACAAGAUAGGGAUCCAACUCUUCUCUGCUUCUGAAUACAAUACCACCGCUAUCCAUCCUCUCUCACUGUGAUCACCUUCCUCUUCUUUUUCAAUCUUCACAUUCCAACCACCCACCUCUAAACAUCUUCACCUUAAUUUAAUAUUCUUUUCUCACUUCGUCUUGAUUUUAAUUAGGUUGUGUAAUCCCACUCGAUCAUGGACGUCGAUCCUCGCAGUUAUGAACAAGUUAGAAAUAUAAAGCACAACAGUGCUUUGUAAUCUUAGGUGCUUGAGGCACAUGAAAUCCGUGUUGAACUUAUGGGUUUGCCACAUUAUAUGAUUCUCAAUAUGGCCAUCAAAGACAACGAAAUUCACAAUAUUGUUCUCUCAUAUCUGGUGCAUAAUUGUUAUAAAGAGACUGUGGAAUCCUUUGUAGCAUGUACAGGGAUGAAGCAGCCUGCAGAUUGUCUUGAGGACAUGGAAAAAAGAAAAAGAAUUUUUCACUACGCAUUAGAGGGGAAUGCACUUAAGGCCAUUGAACUAACAGAAGAGCUGGCACAUGGCUUGCUAGAAAAUAAUAAAGACUUGCAUUUUAAUCUUUUGAGCCUGCAUUUUAUUGAGCUUGUCUGCACUAGGAAGUGCAGCACAGAAGCGUUGGAAUUUGCUCAAUCCAAGUUGACCCCAUUUGGGAAAGUCCAGAAAUAUGUUGAAAAGCUUGAAGAUUUUAUGGCUCUGCUUGCUUAUGAAGAACCAGAAAAAUCUCCAAUGUUUCAUCUGCUUAGCUUGGACUAUCGGCAGCAAGUUGUAGAUAGUUUGAACCGAGCUAUUCUUGCGCAUGCAAACCGCCCAAGCUAUGCAGCAAUCGAGAGGCUGAUACAACAGACAACAGUGGUCAGGCAAUGCUUAAGUCAAGAUCACAACAAGGAUGGCCUUCCACCAUUCUCUUUGAAGGAUUUUCUCAAAAGCUAGAUAUGAUGUGUUUCCAAUACUUUGGUAGGGGUAGCCAAGGUUACUUCACAACUCAUUGCCACCAUAUGGUUUUGGUGUAAGGUUUUCACAUGGGUAGAUGAUGGUCAUCGAUGCCUCCACAUCUGUAAAAAGUUGCCAAGUAGGCUGUCUCAUGUGUCUGGGUUUUGCAUUUGUUGAGGUACGCCUCUUUUCAUGGUUGGCCACAAUGCUAGCGCAUUUUGGUUCCACCCUGCAAAGUUUGGAUUUAUUUUAGCUGGUGGUUUUGAUGAUCCUAUGGCUUUUAUUUGCUUGCUAGUAUUAAGACCUUAGGAAUUAAGAUUAUCUGUAGCCUAACAUCAUAUUUUUAUUUGGCAUAAAUAGGAGUCUUGUUUAGUGAAGCAAGGUCAAGAUUCAAAGACCAUUUCAUAUCAUUUCUCAUAUGGGAAAAACUUAGGAAAAUUGUUUAUGAUAUCUCUCACGUGGCAAAAGCUGCCUGCAGUUGUGUGGUUGUAAAUAUAUUCAUAUUUGAGUAACCUGUUAUUAUCUGAAAACUGCUUCUACA